UGCUUGUUUUUAUCAGCAGCUGCAGUUUCACCUGAAACAUUUGAAGAGGAGCAGAGAGACAGGAGACAGUGAGACAGAUUCUCUUCACAGAGCAGCACCCAGAGGACCCAGCAGUCAUGUCCUCCAGGCCCAAUGGGAGUCCUCCUCCCUACGAGUCAGAUACCGGAUAUAACGUCCCCCCCCAGCCGGCCUACUCCUACUACCCCGACGACGAGUUCCAGCACUUCUACCGCUGGACGUCUCCUCCGGGGGUCCUCAAGAUCAUGUCCAUCAUCUCCAUCGUGAUGUGCGUCGCCAUCUUUGCCUGCGUCGCCUCCACGCUGGCCUGGGACUCUCAGGGAGCGAUGGGCGGAUUCGGGGUGUCGGUGGGCAGCUAUGGGGGAAGUUACGGAGGAGGUGGCUACGGAGGAGGUGGCUACGGAGGAGGUGGCUACGGCGGCGGCAGCUACGGAGGAGGCGGCGGUUACGGUUACGGCCAGCUCGGAGGGAACUACAAUGACCCCCGAAAGGGCAAAGGGUUCAUCAUCGCCAUGGCAGCCAUCACGUUCAUCGCCUGCCUGACCAUCUUCAUCAUCGUCGUGUCCCAUCAGAGCCUGUCGGAGAGCCGGAGGUUCUACCUAGCCGUCGUGAUCAUCUGCGCCAUUCUAGCAUUGCUAAUGCUUAUAGCCGCCAUAGUGUACUUGGUGGCGGUGAAUCCGUCAGCGCAGUCCGGAUCGGCCUACGGAAGCCAGAUCGCCGGUCUGUGCGCUCAAUACCAACAACCGCAGGUCACAGGGGUCUUCGUCAACCAGUACCUUUACCACUACUGCGUCGUGGAGCCACAAGAGGCCAUCGCGGUGGUCUUCGGCUUCCUGGUCGCCGUCGCUCUCAUCAUCAUGCUCGUCUUCGCUCUGAAGACGCGCCAGAAAAUCAGAAGCUUCGGCAAGAGCAACAUCUUGUGGAAGAAGGUGAAGGUCAUCAACGAGAUGGAGCCGCCGCAAGACGUGGAGGCAUGGGUGAACAAUGUGUCCGUUGGACCUGAAGUGCUCCCGAUGUCGGACUACCCCGACAAGCGGAGGGGCUCCAGGAAUCAACUGGACGACGAAAGCACCAACUACGACAAACCCCCGUACAUCUACACGCCACAGCCUCCAGAGGAAGAAGUCAUUCCUUUGCAGAACGGCGCCCCCUACAGCACAAACUCAGAUGUGCCCAGCUCGGCCGGGAGGCCAAAGAAGAGACGAGCAAAUCGGCCGCGACGCGCCGACGGACAAGACUACGAAACGGACUACAACUCCUCCGGAGACGAGCUGGACGACAACGACUUUGACGGUGAAUUUCCUCGGAUAGCAGAUGAGGCGGAGCGCAACGACUACAAGCGUCAGUUUGACCACGACCACGCGGAGUACAAAGACCUGCAGGCGGAGCUGGACGCCCUCAACAAGAGUCUGUCGGAGGUGGACCGAGAGCUGGACGACCUGCAGGAGGGCAGCCCACAGUACCUGGAUGCUCUGGAUGAGUACAACAGGAUAAAGAAAAUCAAGAAGUCUCCAGACUACCAGGUGAAGAAGCGCAGGUGUAAAUAUCUGAAGUCCAAACUGAACCACAUCAAGAAGAUGGUCAUCGAUUACGACCGCAAUGCCUGAGCGACUCCGAGGGUCCAAAUCGGGACACAACGAACUAAAUUUACGUUUUCAGACGACGGCAGACUUUAGAGGGCGGAGCUACGCUGAUCAAACACACUUCAGUCUGAGCUGGAACUUUUGUUUCCUGGUUUCUCUCUCGUAUUAUGGCGCUGUUUGUAUUAUGAGUAUCACCCGCCAUAGAUACUGUAAUAUGUAUUUAUUUCUCGAAAUAGUCUCUUAGUGGAGUGAAUACAAAUUAAGACAUAAUCCCCGUUUGUUUUUAAAAGCUCUUGUUAAAAUG